AUGUUGACAAAGCACCUCGCCUCUUGUCUCGCUCUGCUGCCACUCCUCAGUGGACAGUCAGCUGCCGCCCCUGCGCCCUCCAAGUGCACCUUAGCAACCACCGAGACGUGGGAAGUACUCAAACCCUUGGUCGGCGGUCCUCGCCAGGAGCACGCCGCCGUGGCUCUCGGCGAUAGUAUCUACGUUGUUGCCGGCAUCGAACCCGACGCAAGCCAGCCGACUGGUGUCUCCACAAUUGACUCUGUGGAGGUGUACAACGUUCCCAAAGACGAGUGGUCCUUCGUCGCGCCCCUCCCGAUCCCUAUGAACCACGCCAAUGCCGCUGCGGCCAACGGCAAGAUCUACAUUCUCGGCGGACUCUCCGGCGGUGCGGCCUUCCGCGCGCUUCCAAACUGCUACGAGUAUGAUCCUGAGACCAACACGUGGACUGAGCUCCCUCCCAUGCCCAAUGGCACGGAGAGGGGCAGUUCCAUCCUUGGUGUCACUGGCGAUAGGAUUAUUGUUGCCGGCGGCAUCAGUCUGCUCGAGCUCGGAGAAGAUGGGCUCCAAGAGACUGUCGAUACUGUCUCGUCUUACAAUUUUAUCACAAAGGAAUGGGAGCCAUUACCUAGUCUACCUGAAGGCCGCGAGCACGCCGGGGGUGGCGUCAUCGGAAACAACUUUUACGUCGUCGGCGGCCGUUUCCGUAGCCAGACGGCAGUCCGCGACACAGUUUACGUCCUCGAUCUCAAGACGCUCAAGUGGAGCGAGCGAGCGCGAAUGCCUACCCCUCGAGGUGGUGUCUCAGUGGCUAUUGUCGGGCAACGAAUCUACACCUUUGGGGGCGAAGGAAAUCUGGAUCCGGAGGCUGGUUUCGUGUUUAACGAAACGGAGGUGUACGACACGCGCACCAACUCCUGGGAGAAGCUUCAGCCGAUGAACACCCCUCGUCACGGCAUGGCGGCUGUUGCGUACAAUGGAAGUGUCUACACGCCCGGUGGUGGCAUUCGCGACUUUGGCAUCGUUGAUAACAUGGAGGUUCUUCACCCCAACACACUUAGCUGCUCCAUCAAGGAGACACUAGAAAACUCCCUCACUCUCAACGAAAACGCGAUCCCACCAGAUGCAUCAUCGCUCUCCAAAGACCAUGUCCUCAUCGAAGUCAUCUCAGCGGGCAUCAACCCCGUUGAGUACAAGCUGCCCGAGAUCCCAGUCUUUGGCAAGUUCAUGCUCCAGCCGGACACCAGUCCAGGCUCAGACUUUUGUGGCCGAAUCCGUUCCAAAAACGGUGCCGACGGAUUCUCCGAGGGUCAGGUUGUCUUCGGGGCCUUGAGCAUCGGGACCAAGCUCCCGCGGUUUGGUAGUCUGGGUCAGCUCCUCGUCGCUCCCUCCUCCAACAUUGCGCCGCUCCCUAUGGGCGUCGACCACGACGAUGCAGCUGCUAUAGGCACCGCUGGGUUGACGGCGUUUCAAUCUCUUCCAAAAGAGUCGUUGAAGCCAGGGUCUAAAGUCUUUAUCAACGGUGGAAGUGGCGGUGUUGGUUCCUUCACUAUCCAGUUCGCAAAGGCUGCCGGUGCCUAUGUGGUCGCAUCUUGUUCGACGGCAAAGGUCGAUCUUUGCAAACGUCUCGGGGCUGAUGAAGUUAUCGACUACCGCAAACUCAACGUUGUUACCGAACUCAAGAGAAAGGGGAGUGUUUUCGAUAUCGCUGUAGACAAUGUUGGCAGCACAGAGGGCUUGUACGAAAGCUGCUCGCAUUUCCUCAAGUCAGAGGGAGUGUUCGUGCAGGUUGAGGAAGUUUCAAUCCGUGAGGGUAACGCCGAGCCAAGAGGAUCUGAGCUCAAUUAG